AUGGCAAUUCUUGAACCAUUCUCAAACCAAUCACACCUCAAUUCCCAUAAAAUUCAGCUUAAUAUGGACAGUGCUAUUCAUAAUUCCAACAACAAAAUUUGGCUCUUGUGGAAUAAAGAUGUAGCAUGUUCCAUUAUAGAUCAGGAUGAGCAGCAUAUUACCUGUGAGAUCAAACAUGUUACAUGGCAUAUUACCUAUCUCACAACCUUUGUUUAUGCUAAAUGUAAAGAUCAUUUGAGAAGAGAUCUUUGGGAUAAACUACUGCUAUAUUCCAGUGUAGGCAAACCAUGGUGUACCAUAGGGGAUUUUAAUGUAAUCACUGGCAUUGAAGAGAAGCUGGAGGGCAUACCCUACAACAUGAACAAAAGUUUUGAAUUCAUAAGUACUAUUGAAGCUUGUGGACUCAUAGACUUGGGUUUUCAUGGUGCAAAGUAUACAUGGUGUAACAACAGAGAUAAUGAUGCCAGGAUUUGGAAGAGACUAGAUAGAGCUAUGGUAAAUGAUAAGUGGUUAGACAUGAUGCCUAUGACUACUAUUACUCAUUUAGCUUCCACUGGAUCAGACCAUUGCCCUUUAUUCAUGGAGUGUGCAGAGAGACAGAACAAUGCCACUAAGUAUUUUAAGUUCCUACACUGCUGGGUUGAUAAUGAUAGCUUCCUUGAUGUAGUGAAAAUGUGCUGGGGAAAACCUGCUGCAGGAAAUCCUAUGAGAAGAUUUCAGGAAAAAAUGAAAAGAGUGCGAAGCACUCUGAGUAGGUGGUCAAGACAAGAAUAUGGUGAUAUUUUCUCUUCCAUCACUGAUUUUGAGACAAAAGUUAGAGAGGCUGAGGAUGCAAUAAUCAGUGAUAACUCCGAAGAUAAUAGAACCAAGUUGAACUUGAUCAAUGCCAAAUACAUCAGGUAUCUAAAGAUAGAUCAAUCCAUCCUCAAACAAAAAACUCAACUCCACUGGUUUAAGAAAGGGGAUGCCAACUCCAAUUACUUCCAUGCUAUCAUUAGAGAGAGAAGGAGAAGACUGUAUAUUUACAAAAUUAAAGAUGAUCAGGGUAAUAAUAUUCAGGGAAAUGAGGAAAUUGCCAAGGCUGCAUGUCAUUACUUUGAAAAGAUAUUUACUACAGACAACAAGAAAAUCAAUGAAGAUUUCCUUAAGUACAUACCUAGAAAGGUCAGUGACAAUCAAAACCACAUGUUGCAAAGGGUACCUACUAAAGAGGAGUUACAGAAAGUGAUUUUCUCUAUGAGUGGUACUUCUGCUGUAGGUCUUGAUGGGAUGAGUGGCAAGUUUUUCCAGGUAUGCUGGGACAUUAUUAGUGAGGACCUUUUGGAGCUGAUUCUGUUCUUCUUUAAUGGCCAUGACAUCCUAAAAUAUGUCUCCCAUGCAUGUCUGGUUCUACUCCCAAAAGUUGAACAUCCUAACAGACUAUCUGAAUUCAGACCUAUAUCUCUCAGCAAUUUUAUUAGCAAAAUAAUCUCCAAACUCCUUAGUAGCAGACUAGCUCCCAUCCUUCCACAUCUUAUUUCUGAUAAUCAGUCUGGAUUUGUCCAAGGAAGGAGCAUAUAUGAGAACAUUAUGUUGGCUCAAGAAAUUAUGCAUAACAUAAACAAACCCAAAAUUGGAGAUAAUGUGGUUAUUAAACUUGACAUGGCCAAGGCUUAUGAUAGGGUCUCAUGGUCCUUUAUCUGUCUUGUCAUGAGAAAGAUGGGAUUUGGGGAAACCUUCAUAGACAUGGUAUGGAGAAUAAUGUCUAACAAUUGGUACUCUGUCAUCAUAAAUGGCAGCAGACAUGGUUUUUUCCAUUCAACAAGAGGUCUCAAACAGGGAGACCCACUCUCUCCUGCUCUCUUUAUUCUUGGUGCAGAGGGUUGGGAUAAGGAGAAAAGGAAGUACCACUGGGCCUCUUGGGAAACCCUUAGCUUACCAUAUGAGGAGGGAGGUAUUGGUGUAAAAAACUUGGAAGAUAUAUGCCUGGCAAUGCAAUACAAACAUUGGUGGUUGUUCAGAACUAAGAGAUCUUUAUGGGGGGAUUUCUUGAGAGCUAAAUACUGCCAAAGAGCUCAUCCUGUCACAAAAAAGUGGCACACAGUCCAAUCUCUCAUAUGGAAGAACAUGAUAAAGAACAAAGGUGACAUAGAACCUCAUAUUAAGUGGACCUUAUGUUCAGGGAACUGCAGUUUCUGGUGGGAUUAUUGGCUGGGUAUUGGCCCUCUAGCCAAUCACUAUGAAUAUAUUCCAAGAUUCAACAACUCCACUGUCUCCAUGUUCUUGACAAAUGGAAAAUGGAAUGAAGAGAAAAUCAGGAAACAGGCCCCUCAACACAUGAUACACACAAUUCUCAAUACUAAAAUCAUGUACCAACAAAACACAUUAGAUCAAGCUCAAUGGAAGCUGCAAUCACAUGGAAAUUUCACUUGUAAAUCAGCUUGGGAAAAUGUGAGAAAGAAAAAAAAUAAGACAUUGACAGAUAGGAUGACAUGGCAUACUAACAUCCCUUUCAAGGCUUCAUUCUUGCUUUGGAGAGCAUUGAGACACAAACUGCCAACCAAUGAUAAACUGAUUUCCUUUGGGAGAGAAACUGCAGAGUUAAAUGGCUCAAACCCCCCUAACAUAGUUAAGCUGAACACUGAUGGGAGUGCCAUAGGCAACCCAGGAAAAAUAGAAGCAGGAGGCAUAGUAAGGGAUCAUAAGGGUAAUCUGAUAUAUGCUUUUGCCUCUCCUUUGGGAGUUGGAACCAAUAAUCAAGCGGAAGUGCAGGCAACCAGUUUUGGCAUUAAUUGGUGCAUUCAACAUGGUUAUAAUAGAAUAAUAUUGGAAGUAGAUUCUGAACUUGUGAUCAAGUGGCUGAAUCUGGACAUCAAACCACCCUGGAACAUUCAAAACUACGUUAAUGAACUCCAACAACUGGUCCAACUGCUAGAAUUCUUCCAAUGCAAACAUGUUUUUCGGGAAGCAAAUUUUCCAGCUGAUACAUUAUCUAAAAAUGUCGUCGCAGCGAUUAAAGAGCUGCAGAAGAGAGAAUAUAUUCGUUACCUAUCAGCAUCAUAUGCAACUGAUAUUGAAGGAAGUGAUUCAAAUAAAAAGAAAAAUUGCGAUGUGUAUUUGGAUUUUAAUAAUAUGGAUUAUCUCUUCCAUAAUAAUGGUCCUCCAAAUUCUAACCUACCUAAUGAACAAGACAGAGAGUUUGAUCAAGUUUACUCCGAUGAUCAGGCUAGUGCUUCCAUCUAA